AUGACUCUUGUCGCUACAGUCUCUAAACACCCGUCCCUGUAUGACCCUGGUCACUACUGUCUAUCUAAACACACGUCCCUGUAUGACUCUGGUCGCUACUGUCUAUCUAAACACCCGUCCCUGUAUGACUCUUGUCGCUACAGUCUCUCUAAACACACGUCCCAGUAUGACUCUGGUCGCUACAGUCUCUCUAAACACCCGUCCCUGUAUGACUCUUGUCGCUACAGUCUCUCUAAACACACGUCCCAGUAUGACUCUGGUCGCUACAGUCUCUCUAAACACCCGUCCCUGUAUGACUCUGUGCGCUAUAGUCUCUCUAAACACCCGUCCCAGUAUGACUCUGGUCGCUAUAGUCUCUCUAAACACCCGUCCCUGUAUGACUCUUGUCGCUACAGUCUCUCUAAACACCCGUCCCUGUAUGACUCUGGGGGCUAUAGUCUCUCUAAACACCCGUCCCUGUAUGACUCUUGUCGCUACAGUCUCUCUAAACACACGUCCCUGUAUGACUCUUGUCGCUACAGUCUCUCUAAACACCCGUCCCUGUAUGACUCUGGGGGCUAUAGUCUCUCUAAACACCCGUCCCUUUAUGACUCUGGUCGCUAUAGUCUCUCUAAACACCGGUCCCUGUAUGACUCUUGUCGCUACAGUCUCUCUAAACACACGUCCCUGUAUGACUCUUGUCGCUACAGUCUCUCUAAACACACGUCCCUUUAUGACUCUGGUCGCUAUAGUCUCUCUAAACACCCGUCCCUGUAUGACUCUGGUCGCUAUAGUCUCUCUAAACACCCGUCCCUGUAUGACUCUGGGCGCUAUAGUCUCUCUAAACACACGUCCCUGUAUGACUCUUGUCGCUAUAGUCUCUCAGAACACCGGUCCCUUUAUGACUCUUGUCGCUACAGUCUCUCUAAACACACGUCCCUGUAUGACUCUGGUCGCUACAGUCUCUCUAAACACCGGUCCCAGUAUGACUCUGUGCGCUAUAGUCUCUCUAAACACACGUCCCUGUUUGACUCUUGUCGCUACAGUCUCUAA